AUGGAAAACCCGAUGGCUGUACAGGAAGCUCUGGAAUUAAUGGAGGUUCUGGGUGGAAUUUCGCCGGCACAAGGGGUUAAGGAUGGAAUUAAAUGGUGGCCGGAUGGUGAAGGGGUGUUUUCGGUCAAAAGCUGCACAUCAUUCAUGCGGGAGAAAGAGAAGGAGAGGAUAGAAGAACCUGCGGUUUUGGCAGCAAUCAACACAGUAUGGUUAACGGAUGUGCCCUCGAAAGUCAAAAUUUUUGGAUGGAGGCUUUUGUUAAAUAGGUUGCCGGUAAAAGAACAACUUGCCAAGAGGAACAUCAUUCACAGGGAAGAGGAUAAAGUUUGCAUAUUAUGUUCAGAACAUGUGGAAAAUUUGGAUCACUUAUUCUUUAAUUGUCAUCUGUCUAAGAUUAUUUGGGAAAAGAUAGGUUUGUGGAUGGAGGUGCAAAUGGAGGACAAUGUGGUUGGAGCAGCUGGACAUUUGGAACAUUUUGUGACCGGCUUGAAAGGAAGAAUGAAAAAGAAGAUGAGGGGUUUAGUUUGGCUAACUACGUUAUGGUCGAUUUGGAACUCAAGAAACAACUUCAUCUUCAAUAAUACUAACAUUGUUUUAGAUGAAGUUAUUUCAAGUAUCAAAGUUGUUUCUUGGUUGUGGCUGGCAAUUGGGGCUAAAGCAAGAAGUACCAUUCCUUUGUUCCAUUGGUUUCAAGCACCUAUCGAAGUCCUUAAGUUGUUAUAA